UGUAUAAGCCCCCUCCUCCUCCUUCUCGAAACCAUCAUCACCACCCCUCCUUCCAUUGUGCCCCGCGUCGUUAUCUAACUAGGAUUAAAAAGAACCCAUUUUAAUCUUUUCUUUCUUUUUCUCUUCAAUCUUGUUUUUUUUCUACUCUUCCACCAUUACUUUUCACACACACACUCGAUAUACAGAUGGCUUGUAACAAUAUCAAAAACCAAAUAAUAUCACUGGUGGACGAAGACGCUAUCGAUGAACGUUUGUUUGUUGAUGAUUACCAACACAUAUCACCGAGCCGGAGCCGGAGCAUCAGCACCAGGUGCCAGCACCAAAACAAUAUUAAUCCAAAACCCAGAAGAUGCACUUCAUUCACGACGACGACGACGACAAAGAAGACAACAGCUACAACAGCAAUUACGGAAACAGCAUACAAGAAUGAUGAUGUUCGUCCGGGCCCGGACAGUGUUAAUCAGAAGACUUUGUCUAGUGCUAUUUCGUCAUUGCCGACUAUUCUAAUCACAGACUAUGACAUUGAGUCCAGCAGCAUGUCCGAAAUAAUCACAUCCGAAGAUUAUUUACCUUCACGCCGCUACUAUUAUUGCCAUAAGAAGAAUAUAACUGUCGCUUCUACGGAUACUACCACCCCAUUCUCCCCCUCCUUACUACUCGCUCUCCCUCCCACCUCUUUAUCAAAUUAUCACGCUGGACUGAUCGAACGAUACCGACAUGAUUUGUCAGCAUUAUUACAAAACAGUACCAAUAAUAGUAGUAACAAUAGUUAAUUGAAUCAAUCAGACUGCUGUCAUGUAUAUAUAAUGUACUGC